AGGCGCUUGAGCAUCCAGUCAUGGAAUUUCUCUCAGGUAAAAAGUCAAAAUAGUUUUGACGACUUCUUUAUAAAGACUUGCCUUCCCCAGAAGACUACCUCUCUUAAGAUCGACCCUUCCCCAGACUAUGUUCCUGCCGCAACACCUUACACACCAACUCAAUUCGCACAAAAUCAACUCUUGAAGCGUAGCGCCACAGUAUACAUCGCUGCAUUCGCUCCCCGGACCCAAGCCACAACGUCAUUGGACAAUCAUCCACUCACCUGCAGCGCAACCAGGUCUCAGCUGCACCCCAGAGUUUUCGCUCAAGCCAUGCCAGGCCGCUUGCUGCAAUCCCUUGCCAGGGUAGCGCCUUCACCGUUGCCCAAGCUCGACAGUCACACACCACAGCCACUGUUUCCUCCUGUCUACUCUUACGCACCACCGGUUGAGGAGAAGAGCAGGUCACAAGAGAAUCUCAUCAUGGCCCGUCUUCCAUUUGUGCGUCAUCACAGCCAUGACGGCGCAAAAAAGACGCCCAAGGGCACUCCCAAGGGCACUCCAAAGUCCAGCCCUAAGCUCGAUCCCCAUGUGGCCGCAUCGAUGAACAUGAGCGUGGAGUCGCCGCCAGUCGUGUUCUACAACAACCCACAGAACUCAGCUGGCGCUAUUUUUACUGGUCAGCUCCUGCUCAACGUGCAUGAGCCCCACAUCACAAUCGAGAAGUUCGAGAUGAAGCUUCUCGCAAUCGUCACCACUAAGAAGCCUGUCGCCCAGCACUGCAGCGACUGCGCCAAUCAGACUACUGAGAUCCACACUUGGGAUUUCUUGACACAUCCAACAUCGUUGCGCAAUGGUCAGCACUCCUACCCGUUCAGCCACCUCCUUCCAGGUCACCUGCCAGCCACCACCCAUGGCAGCCUUGCCACCCUCGAUUACUACCUCUCCGCUGUCGCAACCACCUCAAAGGGCGACAAAAUCACCUACAAGCGCGCUGUCGACAUCAGGCGCGCGAUCUUCCCUGGAAAUGAAAAGCAUUCCAUCCGCAUCUUCCCGCCCACGAACCUGACUGCUUCGGUCAAGCUACCUCCGGUCAUUCAUCCGAUUGGCGACUUCCCCAUCGAGAUGCGUCUCUCUGGCAUUGUCCAGAACAAGGCCGACUCGCAGACUCGCUGGAGGCUCAGGAAGCUCAACUGGCGAAUUGAGGAGACCCAGAAGUUCAUUGCGCCCGCCUGUUCCAAGCACAUUGGCAAGGUUGGAGGCGAGGGCAAGGGUGUCCUCCACGAGGAUGUUCGUGCCAUCGCAAGCGAGGAGGUCAAGACUGGCUGGAAGACUGACUUCGAACGCGGUGAGAUUGACGUUGAGUUCAACGCUGCCUGCAACGUUGGCUUGAAGCCACUUUGCGACAUGGACAGCCAGAGCGGCAUGAGCGUCAAGCACAAUCUCAUCAUUGAAAUGGUUGUGGCUGAGGAGUGGGCGCCACUUAAGAAGCUCAGCCAGGCUACACCCACCGGUGCCGCACGCGUUCUCCGCACUCAGUUCCACCUUGUCCUCACCGAACGCUCGGGUAUGGGCAUCGCUUGGGACGAGGAGCAGCCCCCUGUCUACGAGGAUGUACCUGCUAGCCCACCUACCUAUGUGGACGAUGUUGAGGUCCAGUUUCCCGAAAUCAACAGCGCCACAACUUCUCGAUCGGCCUCAUUCAGCCUAGAAAGCUGAGCAUUAUACCCUUCAUCACAACGACUUCAUUACUGCCAACUUUUGGCGAUCUGAGCGUACUUCACGAUUUUCCUUUCCACGUCGAUUGGCGAUUCAACUUUGAGUUUCUGGUGGACAGUGUAGGAUAUACCCAUUUGCAUGCCCCAAUAGGGCCUUUACAGCAUUGUUUGGUAGGAGUUUUGGGUGCGGUCGAGUUGAGCCUACAUGAGCUCCUCUGUAUGGCAUACCACUGGCGUUUUGCAUUUUCAAAAAAGUUCUUUAUCGCUACUCUACAUAGUAAUACAAAGCAGCUCAGCUGUGAAAUUGCAUCUCAA